AUGCCGCCCAAAAAGCCGCAGCUUGCAACGCGCGAGCGGACGCUCUUCUCGCGUCUCGUGCAGGAGUACGAAACGAAGAAGUAUAAGCCUGCACUCAAAACGGCUGAUGCUAUUUUGAGCAAAGUGCCCAACCACGGUGAGACAUUGGCCAUCAAAGGCCUGGUGCUCUGCUCUCUUCAUCGGCGCGACGAGGGUGUGCAACUGGCCAAGCUUGGCCUUCGUUAUGACCUAACCAGCUUUAUCUGCUGGCAUGCUUUGGGCAUUAUUCAUCGCAUGGACCGGAACUACGAAGAAUCACUGAAAUGUUAUGCACAGGCACUGCGCAUCGAAGGUGGAAAUCUCAACAUUGUGCGUGAAUCAGCCUUCAUGCAGCUGCAGCUGCGUAACUAUGCGCCGCUGAUCGAUGCACGCCUAGUUAUCCUUCGUACACAGCCUCAUCUUCGUACAAACUGGCUCGCUCUAGCGAUCGCGCAUGAUUUGGCUGACAACAAAACACAAGCUGUCCGUGUGCUGGCAGGCUACGAAGACGUUUGCCGUAACAUUCCUCCGCAUAACUACGAAUACUCGGAGGUGGUCUUGUACCAUGCAAGUCUCCUUCAUGACUUGGGCGAUGCGGAGGGUGUACUUUCCUUGCUGGAGGCCCAGAAAGGGCAUAUUGUCGAUGAACCUGCGGCCGAUGUCUUGCGAGGUCAAGCAUUGGAAAAGGUGGGCCGGCGUGAAGAGGCAGUCGCGAAGUGGUACAGUAUGGUCGAGCGCAAUCCGGACAACAAGCACUGGAUUGCUGCAUACUUGGACUUGGUCUCGACCGAGGCCACACGGUUGGACAAAUUGGUCGAGCUUCAAACGCAGUUCCCACGCUCCAAUGCCAUGCGCCGUAUGGCACUCGAUGUGGCACAGGGUGAUGCUUUCCGUACCCAUGCCAAGUCGUACUUGGAACGCGCGCUCGUGAAGAACGUGCCUUCGUUGUUUUCCGACGUCAAAUCACUCUACACGCAGCCAGGAAAGCAAGAUGUGGUCGAGGAGAUUGUUGAGUCGUUCCGUCAGGCGUGGGAUCCACGCAAUGCGGAGGCCGCACAGGAACCUCCCUCGUCGUAUCUCUUUGCGAUGUAUUUCUUGGCACACCACUACUCGUACACACAACGCCCUGCCUUGGCAUUGCAGUACAUUGACUCCAUCGUGGCUCAUACACCCUCGAUGCCAGAACUCCACAUGACGCGGGCCCGUGUCCUUAAGCGCUGUGGUGCAUACGAAGCGGCGGCAGAUGCGAUGGAGGAAGCUCGUUUACUGGAUGGACAGGAUCGGUACCUGAACACCAAGACAGCCAAGUACUUACUGCGUGUGAACAAGGUGGAUGAAGCUGCCAAGGUUCUCAAGCUGUUUACUAGGCCUGAUAUGGCAGAUCCCGUGGUGGAUUUGGUGGACAUGCAAGCGAUUGGCUACCUGGUCGAGGACGCAGAGGCACAUGACCGACGUGGUGAGAAGGCUAUGGCGCUCAAGCGAUUCCACCAAGUGGACAAGAUUGUGCAGGACAUUUACGAUGAUCAGCUUGAUUUCCACUCGUACUGCCUGCGCAAAAUGACGUUACGGGCUUACCUCCGCACGAUCCGCUUCGAGGACAACGUGUUUACCCACCCACACUAUCUUCGUGCUGCCCGAGGUGCCAUCGCUGAGUACAUUUGUUUGCAUGAAGACACGGCGCGUUCCACCGUUAAACCGCCCAAGGUGGUGGCUACGGGCGAGCUGGACGAGAAUACGCCACCGCCCGACCCUGAUCCUCGUGGCGAAAUCCUGGCAGCGACAGAGACGCCGUUGGCGGAUGCGCACCACUUUGUUCGUAAACUGGAACUGAAUGCGCCAAAGGACAUUCGUACAUGGAUGAGUGUGCUGGACGUGGCGUUGCGUGAGCCCAAGUGGCUCUUGGCCCUGCGUGCUAUCUCGCUGGCGUACCAACUGGAUUCAUCGUAUCCUGCGUUGCAUGUACAGACCAUUCGCCUACGCCAGGCGCUUGACAAGGCAGGAGAGCUUCCAGCGCCGGUUACGAAUGCGUUGGCUACACUAUCUGCUGAUGUGCCUACUCUCUCCAUGCCUCUACAGCAGUUGCAUACUGAGUAUCUGCAAAAGGCUGGCGGCCUAUCCCCAGCUCAUACGUUGGCCGCUGCAGAGGGCCUAUACCUCAUGGAAGGGUCUACGCAGACACCUCAAGCUGCUGCUGAGCUUGUGCAUACCAUCCUGAAGCAGAAUGCUCCUCUGUUCGUUCUAGAGCAGGCCCGCAGUUUAUUGGCUCGUAUGGAAACAAUGGAAGCUCUACCGGAGUCCGUAAAUGCGGCGACCUUUAGCCAUGCUGCUCACGAACAAUGGCCGCAUGCUGACGCAUUCCUCACUGAGUCUCAACGUGCAUCCAAUGCUCAGCAGCGGCAGGCUGCCCGCGCCAUAUGGCUCUCGUGA